AUGAAUCCGACCCAUGAUUUACUUCAUCGCUCAAUCACAUCCCCGCGAAGAGAGGAUAGACGGUCUCGCGAAACAUCGACAUACUCAUCUCCUGUCUCGAACUCGUCCCAGGGAGGGGUUUCCCCUAUUGGUUUGGGGAUCUCCCGCUGCGAAAUCGAGAAUGCCUUUGAUCAACUGAGGGUCUUCCCUCCCCCAUCUACACUUCCAUCACAACUGGUUCCUGGAGCGCCAACUCCCACCUUCGCAUUAUCCUAUGACGGCUAUUCCAGCGGAACAUGUUAUCCACCAGUUUACAAUGGGCUUGUCAACAGUGCUUCGGAGACUUCACUAGAAUUCUACAGCCCCACGAUGAGCGCCUCCCCCAGUUACAACUCUACUAUGGAGGUUGUCCCCGGUCAGCAUGUCUACCCAAGCCAAAUGACCGAUCUUUGGAUGCACACACCUUGCUCGGGACCGACAACGCCAUCGGAUGUGACUCCGGGCACUGUAGCGAAUGGGGCCGGACAAUGGGACCACAUUGUGUUUUCAGAUGCAUGUAUUCCCCCUACCAUUCCUCUAUUGCCAGUCAACAAUGUUCCCUAUCUUGGGGUGAUGGGGGAAAUGGGAGAGAUGGGAUACGACGGAUCCUCCGGGCAGAGCAUCAACACUGGACCAAUCAUGCCUCAACAAGCCUCUCCCGAAGGGACCGAUGAGGCCACAAUCUCGGGCAGAGAGCGCGGCUCAUCCAACGACAGGUUAAUAUCUGCCAGUGGCCUGGAAUGUCCGAUUUGUGGCGCCAAAUUCACCCGACGCUCCAACUGCAAGGAGCACCAAAAGAUGCACAACCCCGAAUGGAAGAACAACCAUCCGUGCAAUGACUGCCACAAGUCUUUCGGGCGAAGCUCAGAUCUCAAAAGACACAUGAGUACUGUUCAUCUCGGGCUUCGGAGAUACAGCUGUGACCGUUGCGACCGGAGUUUCAGUCGCCAAGAUAGUCUAGCUAGACAGGCACCGCAACGCUGGGAAGUCUCCCCUUAUGCCCAGUCCCCGUCAACGAUCGUCAAACCGCCGCUCAGCUAG